GGUCAAGUUGGUGAUAUUUGUUCUACUAAAAAGGAAUGACGAGGGCGGAAUCUCAACACCAAGAAUUCAAAGACCGGAUUUGUGGUCUUGGCAAGACCGGUCUUGCUAACUUGCCUUCCAAGAACAAAUUUGGGGCGCAAUGAAUCAUGGGAUUGGUUUCAUUUGGCGGGGAUGCAAUCGAUGUAUCCUUCAUAUUUGGAGCGGAGUAAGACCAACAUCUUGGGAUUUUUACAGUGCUCUGGACUUGUGUUCUUAGUAUUGCAACCAGUCUUCAGCAAUGGAAGGUAACGUAAAACGGGAACACGACAACACAAGUACGGUCAAGUGUGCAUAUUGAGAUUCACCCGAGCCGUACGAGUCCCAACAAACAUGGCAGCCUCCAUGGUACAGUUUUGCUAGGUUGCUGAUGUAGUAUUACUAUUAUGUUUUGUAAAAUGACCUACACAUCCAGCUAUUCUUAAGGCAAAGGCAUAUAGCAGGUUAACUCUCCUUGGGCAACACGUGUGCAUAGUAAUUCCCUCCUGCGAGGUCUUACAUGGGCUGUCAUUCCGUUUUGUAAACCGGCGCAAAUGAAUCUCACUGAGCCAUCAACCAGUCAUUAACGUCCAGGUGAACAAGAUGUGGAUACUGAGCUACAUUAUGGCUAUAUUGAAAUGGUUAUGCACAUACCUCACAGUAACCAUCUGAAGACUUUAAAAAGACAAACAUCUUUUAAUUUACGUGUGUAAUUUAUGCACAAUGUACUUGUCGCCUGUUGUGUGUUUUUUAUGCCAUAAUCGGGGUGUCCUUUAGCCGGGAGUGGGGGUGCAGGAGCCGAGGCGUGCGAUCCUCCAAAAUGACGAAUAAGCUGCAAACGAUGCUCGUUUUGCUUCAUCCGCACGUCGACCUGAAACAUCGAGGUAAAUUACGGGGUUUCGGACCGGCACCAAAGGGCCGUUUAUAUGUAAAGGGAUGGCUGCGCCGCACUGCGUUUCCGAUAUGGUUCCGCUUAGAAAAUAUAAUAAUCUAUAUUUAUUUUCUAUUAUUUUGAUGUGGGGUACUUGGGAUGGUCGAGUAUUUACUAGGGAUGACCGUGGCCACCUCCAUCCGCAUUUUGCCAUCCUAGUCACGGUGAAGAUUUGCUUUUCCUUCAAGUGCCCCUGUCAAGUACUGCCCCCCGAUACUCCCAGGAUAUUCCUGCUUCCGCGACGCCCUUGCGUGAGGUAGCGUGCGUGCAGCCAGCGAACUUCACACAUACUCAGACACACACUCCCAUAACAGAAGUUGAUGAAUGUCUGCUUUGUGCACAAUAAAGGACAGCUGGAAUAAAACAUUUGCCUCCUUGUUCUAAGCGGACAACCUGCUGCCUGAGAUUCGGUCGUAAGAUACUUUAACCCCGCACAACUGUUGCGUUCCCCAUAUUUUUGUAGGGGGGAGAUUUCACUAAUCGUAGCGGAACUGGAAGAAAGUCUGUAUAUGCUCUGACAUUCAGAGAUGAAUACUUCAGGUCAAAACAUACUGACCAGGUAAGGUGUAACAAACACAUGAUAGCAAGUGCUGUAUGUGGCGGAGUGAAACGGUGAGACCUGUAAUAGCAUCAUAUUUAGUACAUUGGUUAUUUAUGACCCUAGAGAUACAUGUAUUCCGGGAGCUGAACAUAUUUUUACGAUAACAAAAAUGGCUUCUUAUCGGGGUUUUGGCUGUCCUUGUGCUCAAGGGACUAGAUCCAGGCUGGAAGAUUUCAGACUCAAGCGAAACCUUUUCUUUAGUGAAGCUCCUAACUUGAGGGGAAUGGGGCAUUUCAGAAUGGAUCAUCAGACUGUAGGGAGUUCAAGCAGCCCUAGCAGGAAAGCUGGCUUGCCUCAGAGCAGGGUUGAGUACUCCUGCUGUGGAAAUAAGAAUGGUUCCUGAAGGUUCAGUGUAGCCUAGAGAACAAGGAAGGGACCCAGAGCAAACCCACACUAUAAGCAGAGACAAGCAGAUAGGCAGUCAAGUAUGAAGGAAUGAUGGCUAAAGCACAAGCAAGAGUGAGAAUGAGCUUCCUCUGAAACCUAUACAUGCUGUCAGACAUGAGUUCAGCUGUCGUUUGUCUCUUUACUUUCAGUGAUUUGUCAUAAAAGGUAAUUGCUUUAUUUUAUAUUCCUUUAAGAAAAAAUCUCUCUGUCUUUGUCUCUCACAGGCUGUAACAAUAUAAAGAAACUGAAGUGCAUUAAACCUGAAGUAACUCUAGAAAGUCUGUGGAAACUACUGUUAAAUUAAAAAUUCAAGUUGCCUUACUAGUAUUUCAAUCCAUCUAGAUACAAACAUCAGAGGUGUAGAGUUGGUUGAGAACAGAAAAAAUGAAGAAUGAUAAUAAAAAUGAGCAGAAGACUGAAUAUUGGUGUAUAUAGUACAGAAUUUUGCUUUUCCUUUUGUUUUUAGAUUUCACAUUAACAUUUUAUCUAUCCUGCUCCACAUUCUAUAUUAGAUAUGCAGCCGAAAGACUGAAGAAUAUGUAUAGACUCAACUUUCACAGUUGCCGACUAGUGCUCUCCAGCUCGAAUUAAGGUUUUUACAAAAGUACGCCAUAGAAACACUUCACGCUACUUAUAUAGGAUGUCAGCCCAAUUUGCUCGACUUUCGACAGUCCUAAUGGCUUAAAUUAAGCUCCGGGUGGGGAACCCCACGUCUGCUCGCUAGACAGCGGGAUUUCUGUUACUGUACUUGUGUUCUGUUGGUUGCUCUUUAUACUACUGAAAAAUCAUCUCAGGAGAGCAUUAAAGCUUGUUUGAUACUUCAGUCGGCGUGUCAUUUACUCUGACAAUUUCAGUCAUUCUUUGUGAAAGUUGCAAUGUUUUUUUUUUUUUUAUUGGAAAAAAAUCUAUGAGAAUAUUGCUGGAAUAGCCUUUGAUAUUUUAUUAUUAUAUGAACCAUAACACACAUAAAGAGCCAUUUAUUGUUUUGGGAUACCAUUUGUAUGCAGGUCAUGAGUGAGAUGGGCUUUUCAGAAUCUCCUGGGGAAGGGAGGUGUGUACCAUGCAGGAAUGGAUGCGGGGCUUACGCUGCACGCGCUCUACUGAGAACGCCAGAGGCUCGCGGGCCAGGCUGUUGCUAGGCAAUGGCACAGACUGCGCUUAUGAUACACUGAUUCCAUCGACUAUGUGAUGUGAAUUUAAAACGAUGUUAUAUGGAGCCAGCCAUUUUUAAUUUGACAUCAUGCAAGAUGAAUAAAUGAAAUGGCCCUCUGCGAUGUUUAUAAACAAACUGAUAGAGACCUGCCACUCAUUCUGCAUAGUCAUGUUUGUUUAAUUUCAGCUGUGGAGUAUGUGAUCAGGGUUGACAUAUUUUUGGGAUUUAUUUUAUGAAACAUUGGUCACAUUUUGGAUAAAUUGUUGACUACAUAUUAGGAAUGAGAGACUGAUACAUGUAACACAAUUUCAGAUGUAUCGGCAGCCCUGACCAGCGUCAGGCACUGUUUUUGCAGCUAUAACUGACAGCGAUAUACUUUGGGAGUUUAUACACCAAGUAGGACAGACUCUGCUGUCUCCUGCAUGACGUAAAAAUUAAUCUUCCAGGACUAAAAUGAAACAUCCGAUGAAUAGUUUUAUUUUCAAAGUAUUUCAAUCAUGACACAAGUGUGGAUCUAUGUUUAAUGGCUAAGUAGUGUUGACAGAUUAGGCCAUAAACUUUAACAGUGAUAAUGCGUAUUCCAUUUCCAAAUGUAAAUUUAUUACUGAUACUCGGGUAGCUGUAUUGAUUAUUCUGGAUGAUUCAUACUAAAAAGGAUUAUAUUUUGAUUUGAGAACAGGUUUCUACAUAAAUUCAGUGUAGAAUUGUUACACGUUACUUGACGUGAACCAUGUUUUUUUUCUCAAAAUGUAAGAGCACGUUCCUUCUCAUAUUGCUGCUAGCUAAUUUCACAGCUAAUUAAAAUAUAGUAGAUUGUCACAUACAUUACACGAUGACUCGGAAACACUGUCCAACUGGCUUCCCAUGUCUACAUUUAUUCCGUUAAACACCCGAGAGACUGACGUUGUAAAUGGUGGCUGGAAAUUCGCAGUAUGUUCAUUUUAACCAAUAAAUGUAUUACAUUAUAUAUGUUCUUAUAUUGCGGUAUACACAUUGUAUAUUCAUAUUAUGUAUAUUACAUUUCUAUCCAUGUUUCAUUAUAGUAGGGUGAUCGUAUAGGUCCUCUUUUUUGGGACCUUAGUACCAAGUAAUUUACGAUUCUCGGGUGUUUAAUUAUCAAUUGUCAAAAAAAAAUCGCGAUUGUAAACAUUAAAGGCUUUGAAAUCGUGGACGAGUUUUUGGUUGUAUUUAGUGUCUAUAAAUAUGUGGUCAGCUCCAGGCAGGUGGCCGUUUUAAUUAAUUACUCCACAAAGUGACGGGACACAAAUAGCUACAGAAAGCAAACCGCGUAGGCAGCUGUGUUGGGGAAACGGGAGGCCUUAUUCUCAAGUCCGGUCCUAUCAAUGGUAUAAAUGGAAAACAAGCAGUAAAGUUGAGACGAGUCUUGCAGUUUCAAGGUCACAUUUAAAACAGAUACGCACUGGGGGGGAAAAAAACCUUUAAACGGCAAACUUUAACGUUUCUAUUGACGAGAGAUACGAAGGUCUUGCAGUUGGAAUUACACAUUUACUUGGCAACAAAAAUUUUAGCUGAUUUUUAAAAACACGUCAUUUGUAGGAAAAUGACAUCGUUUAAGUAAAUAUGACUGUAACUUUCACUGGCGAUCGCACCGUAGAAUGCUUGGUAGGUCUAAAGCGAAACUGCGGGAGAUCGGCAUGCACAGGCAUCGCCAGCCCCCAACGUGCUGCACAGGUAUGCUGCGCCUUGCUUGUGGUUCCGUAGGCGGCUUUCCCCCUCGUCGACGGGCUGCUUGACCUCUGACCUAUCCCCCCCCCCUUUCCCCAACGCCUCCUUCCCUGAGAUAAUGAGUAAGGAGCCGCGGCGGUACCGGCGGCACAGAGAAAGCGCAGAGCGGUCCGGACGGUCAUACUGCGGGAGCCCAUUUCAUGCACAUAAUACAGCGCUCUUGACAUUCACAUCUCUUCUACUUUGUGUCUCCCCCUCCUCCUGUUUUCUCCCCCUCCCCCCACACCCUAGUAUCUGACACAUUCUGCUUUCCCCAGCACCAUCCACCUACCUACGCACCGAUUUUAGAACUGCUCCUAUAUUAUUAUUUUUUUUUCGUUUCAUCUUAUUCCCCUGCAAAUAAACCAAAUACUGAGAUUAAGCGAGCAAACAUGAUGGCGGCAGCUCCCAUCCAGCAGAACGGGACUCAUACUGGGGUGCCGAUAGACUUAGACCCACCGGAUUCCCGUAAGAGACCGCUGGAAGCGCCUCCCGAAGCGGUCAGCACCAAGAGGACGAACACUGGCGAGGACGGCCAAUUUUUCCUAAAAGUACUAAUACCCAGUUAUGCUGCUGGAUCUAUAAUUGGAAAAGGAGGACAGACGAUAGUUCAGCUUCAGAAAGAGACGGGCGCCACCAUCAAACUGUCAAAAUCCAAAGACUUUUACCCAGGUACCACAGAGCGCGUGUGCCUCAUCCAGGGCACAGUGGAAGCUCUUAAUGCCGUUCAUGGCUUCAUUGCCGACAAGAUUCGGGAGAUGCCCCAGAAUGUGGCCAAAACGGAACCUGUCAGCAUCCUGCAGCCCCAGACCACCGUCAACCCCGACCGCAUCAAGCAGACAUUGCCAUCCUCCCCAACUACCACCAAGCCCUCUCCAUCUGAUCACAUGACCACCUCCAGGGCCAACCAGGUAAAAAUAAUAGUCCCCAACAGCACAGCGGGGCUGAUUAUUGGCAAGGGCGGGGCCACUGUGAAGGCUAUAAUGGAGCAGUCGGGAGCCUGGGUGCAGCUCUCCCAGAAGCCCGACGGGAUCAACCUUCAGGAGAGGGUAGUGACCGUGAGCGGUGAGCCCGAGCAGAACCGAAAAGCUGUGGAACUCAUCAUUCAGAAGAUCCAAGAGGACCCUCAGAGCGGCAGCUGCCUCAACAUCAGCUACGCUAAUGUGACAGGGCCCGUCGCCAAUUCCAACCCUACCGGCUCCCCCUACGCCAACACUGCUGAGGUCCUGCCCACGGCCGCCGCCGCCGCGGGUCUCUUGGGACACGCCAAUCUGGCGGGGGUGGCGGCUUUUCCCGCCGUGCUGUCGGGGUUCACGGGGAACGAUCUGGUGGCCAUCACCUCGGCGCUCAAUACUUUAGCCAGCUACGGGUACAACCUCAACACCCUGGGGCUGGGUCUAAGCCAGGCGGCAGCUACCGGGGCUCUGGCCGCAGCGGCCGCGAGUGCCAACCCAGCGGCAGCAGCGGCAGCAAACCUGCUGGCCACCUAUGCGAGUGAGGCCUCGGCCAGCGCGGGCUCCACGGGCGGCUCCGCAGGCACAUUCGCGUUAGGUAGCUUGGCAGCUGCCACUGCUGCCACCAAUGGAUACUUUGGCGCUGCGGCUCCACUCGCGGCCAGUGCCAUCCUGGCCACCGAUAAGACCACGGACGGCUCCAAGGACGUGGUGGAAAUCGCUGUGCCGGAAAACCUGGUAGGUGCGAUAUUAGGAAAAGGCGGGAAAACGCUAGUAGAAUACCAGGAAUUGACUGGUGCAAGAAUACAGAUCUCCAAAAAAGGGGAGUUCGUGCCCGGCACAAGGAAUCGCAAGGUAACGAUAACCGGAUCGCCAGCCGCCACGCAGGCCGCGCAGUAUUUGAUAACGCAGCGAAUCACAUAUGAGCAAGGGGUUCGAGCUGCCAACCCACAGAAAGUGGGUUAACACCUCGAUUUACUCCGUAAGAUCUCACUUUAUCGUUUCACAGAAGGAUGUACUGUAUUUUGAAGUAAAAUUAUGUUGUUUUUUUUGUUCUCUUGUUUGUCUUUUCUUUUAAUAUAUAAUAUGCAAAUGAAUGAAAUUAUGUUUAAGAUGUGUACAUGUAAAUAAUGUGUUUUAUCAGGAAGAACUUUUCUUGGUAUGUUUUAGUUCUCUAAUUGGCUUGUGUAUAUUUGUAUAUUGUUUCUAGUGUGAGAAGAUCUUAGCCUGCCAGUUUACCAGCAUUAUUGUAGUUUUAAAAGAAAAACAACAACUGAAUGUACAGGGAUAUGCGUGUAGUUUUCAGUAUUAGUUAGAACUAGGAGUCAAGCAUACAUGAACUGCUGUUAGGUGGGGUGUGGCUGGGCUCGCGUCCGGAAAAGAGCGCGGCCAAGCUCUGUCGAAGCAGUCUUACUUCUUACAUAAGGACGUAGAGAAGUAGGAGACGACCUUCUAGGAUUAAGUAACAAAAAAGCAAUAUAGUUGCAAAAAGCACUGUAAAAUAUUUUAAGGUUAAAACUGUGGAUUAUUGUAUUUGGUAAGUUUACAAAUCAGCAAAAGCACCAGUUUCCCUCUGAAAUAGACCAUUGGGGAACGCUGCCUGGCCAGGGACCCCCACUCCCUCCCCCUCCAACUUCUGCUAACGGCCAUCUGUAAGGAAGGCCUCUACGAUUGUACCCCCCACCCCCCACCCCAACUGCCCUCGCUAUCAAAGGAACUGCUGGUGUUCCUCCCUGGCCAAGGACCCUGCCAUUACUCCAUGAGCACCCUCAACGUUCAGACAGAUCGCUGUUGAUGCAGUGGAUCGGGGAUUUUAUAAGGGAGAAAAUGUGAAAGUGCCAACAAAAACGACAUUUUUUAAUUAAGUGCACGCUCGGUGAUGCGUGUUGCAUUUUAAGAGCUUCUAUUUGGAUAUAUAUAAUUUGUCAACACUAGAAACAUUAGUAUUCGUGAAUGUAGACUUUACUGUGAAGCUACCUGUGAUGUUAGCCGUCUGCCCCAUAGAGAGGGGCUCGCAAGCAUGGCGCCCCAGCCCCGUGCCGUCGAUGCUACUCCGUAACCUGCAUGUACGUGGAGCAGUUUUAUGUCACCGAAACCACAGAGUAUUUUCCUGCAUGCUUUUUAAAAAAAAAAAAGAAAAGAAAACAAAGAAGCGAUAAAAGAGGCAGUUUAUUUCGAAAAAGUGCUAGCUAGUGGGUGAGACCCUCACUCUUGAAAUAGGUCAUUUUUUCAGUCUGCCUUCUCGCCCCACCUCAACCUGAGCUCCCUCUUUCUGUUCCCGAGUGCUUACCUGUCCCGGCCAUUGACUCCACCUGUCUCACCUGAGUUUGCCUGCUCUCUGAGCACUUGUGGAGUUGCCCCACGCCUGCUGUCCUUCAUGAUGUGCAUGCAGUCUUAAAUUCAAUGGACAAAACAAUCAAACAAACAAAAAAAAAUCAUCUGGAUCAUCCGGUUGAAAAAUUGAAUUUUAAACCAAGAAUUCCUUCCAUCUCAACUUCAGCCCAUUGAUUCCGUCCAUCCAGACAGCUCUUCCUGUGCAGCCAGUCAAAGAACAGCUCUGCUACCCGGCUCGUCCAGCCUCUUUCUGAACUGUGAUCUGUCUUCAUGAACUGUCCCUUUUGUUCAUUGAACUAUAUGGACUCCUCAUUUCAUAUUGAUUUGCUGUGCAGUUUCCGUUUGGACAUAGAGACAGCCUGAAAAGAUAACCUGCCUUUCCCUUGUCUUCUCCCUUCACUCCUAAGAAGUCCUCUCUGUCAAACUGUAAGUGUAGUCCAAUUUUCCUUUUAAACAUUGGAACUGUUGUUUCAUCUAGACGUUGUUUUUCUUAAAGUCUCUAAUACGUAUUUUAGAGUUAUUUUUAAGGGGAAUGAUUUGCUUGUUAAUGAAAGAGAAAAAAAAAAGCUGUAGUAAAAACUGUGUUACUUGGUAAUGACUAUCGUCAACAAUUCUGUAGCUGUGCAAGUUUUGACAAAUAGUGUAUAUCGUGAAAAUCAGUGGUUAGCUUUGCGGCUAUUAUAUUUACUCAUUUUAUCAUUAUAAAUGUGCUUAGUUCAUCAUGUAGCGUCA